AAGUACCGGAAGUACCGGAAGUACCGGUAGCACCGGAAGUACCGGAAGUACCGGGAGUCGCUUCCGCCAUGUCUGACUUCGACGAGUUCGAGCGGCAGCUGAAUGAGAACAAACAGGAGCGCGACAAGGAGAACCGUCACCGCAAGCGCAGCCACAGCCGCUCCCGGAGCCGCGACCGGAAGCGUCGGAGCCGGAGCCGCGAGCGCAGGAACCGCGACCAGAGGAGUGUGUCCAGGGACAGGCGGCGGAGACGGUCACCCCUGAGCCUCUCAGGCCCAUUGAGCCGCUCCCCCCGACAUGAGAAGAAGAAGAAGAUCCGCAAGUAUUGGGAUGUGCCCCCCCCUGGCUUCGAGCACAUCACCCCCAUGCAGUACAAGGCUAUGCAAGCCGCAGGGCAGAUCCCAGCCACAGCCCUAUUACCCACCAUGACCCCGGACGGUUUGGCUGUGACCCCAACACCCGUUCCGGUUGUUGGCAGUCAGAUGACCCGUCAGGCGCGAAGACUCUAUGUGGGGAACAUCCCAUUCGGCAUCACUGAGGAGGCCAUGAUGGAUUUCUUCAAUGCUCAGAUGCGCCUGGGGGGGCUGACUCAGGCUCCAGGGAACCCAGUUCUGGCCGUGCAGAUCAACCAGGACAAGAACUUUGCCUUCCUAGAGUUCCGCUCAGUGGAUGAGACCACCCAGGCCAUGGCCUUCGAUGGGAUCAUCUUCCAGGGCCAGUCCCUCAAGAUCCGGAGGCCUCAUGACUACCAACCCCUGCCUGGGAUGUCCGAGAACCCCUCGGUCUAUGUACCUGGUGUAGUCUCUACGGUUGUCCCUGACUCCGCUCACAAGCUGUUCAUUGGGGGUCUCCCCAAUUACCUUAAUGAUGACCAGGUGAAGGAGCUGCUGACGUCCUUUGGGCCCCUGAAAGCCUUUAACCUGGUGAAGGACAGUGCGACAGGACUGUCCAAGGGGUAUGCGUUCUGCGAGUACGUGGACAUCAAUGUCACUGACCAGGCCAUUGCUGGGCUCAAUGGGAUGCAACUGGGAGACAAGAAGCUACUGGUGCAAAGGGCAAGUGUGGGGGCCAAGAACGCGACACUGGUGAUGCCCCCCAGCACCAUCAACCAGACGCCGGUGACGCUGCAGGUGCCAGGGCUGCUGAGCUCGCAGGUGCAGCUUGGGGGUCACCCCACAGAGGUUUUGUGCCUGAUGAACAUGGUCCUGCCUGAGGAGCUGCUGGAUGAUGAGGAGUAUGAGGAGAUCGUGGAGGACGUCAGGGAUGAGUGCGGCAAAUACGGAGGGGUCAAGAGCAUUGAGAUCCCCAGGCCGGUGGAUGGGGUGGAGGUGCCUGGAUGUGGGAAGAUCUUCGUGGAGUUCAGCUCAGUGUUUGACUGCCAGAAGGCCAUGCAGGGUCUGACCGGCCGCAAGUUUGCCAAUAGGGUCGUGGUCACCAAGUACUGCGACCCCGACGCUUACCACCGCCGCGACUUCUGGUAGCGCCCUAUAGCUGCCCUAUAGCGCCCCAUAGCGCCCUAUAGAG